AUGGCGAAACUCGAGGGAAAGAACAUCUUCCUUACCGCCGAUGGCCGAACGUACCAUUUGGGCGUAAAGAAAGGAGACUUGGCUUCACUGAUCGUGACUGUCGGCUGCGAGCAACGCGCACGCUUUCUCGCAUCGAAAUACCUCACCGAUGUCACAGAGGUUGCCUCUUCGCGACAAUUUUACACAUUUACUGGGAAAUACAUCAAAGGAGGACACCGCAUGUCGAUCGUGUGCAUUGGCAUGGGUGCUCCGAUGGCGGACUUUUUCAUUCGCGAGGCGUCGUUCGUUUUGGAAGGAGAGCCCAUGGCUGUCAUCCGCAUUGGCAGCUGCGGCAUCGUCGACUUCGACACCGCGCCGGGCACGCUGAUGCUCAGCGACGAAAGCAUGUACUGCUACAGGAACUACUGUCACUUCGACGGGGAAGCGGCUCUCGGCAAGAAGACUGGCGAGUGCGAUUCGCGGCCGUAUCUUCUGACCGCCCCUGUCAAGGCAGAUCAGCAUUUGACCGAUUUAAUUGAAGCGAACUUGAAGAAGAUUGGCGCUGCAGUCAAACGAGGCCUCAACUGCUCGGCUGAGACAUUCUUCGCUUGCCAGGGGAGAGAGUUGCCGUUGUGGAACGACCAAAACGCGGACCUCAUGAAGGACGUUACGUCUCUGGGUGUCGUGAGCCUGGAGAUGGAGACGCACCAAAUCUUCCACUUGAUGCAUCAGCGACAGCACGGCGUCCCGAACGGACCCCAGUCGCACGCCGCCUCCCUCAUGAUCGGUCUCGUCAACCGCAACAACCCGAGCUUCACUUCUCACGUUUCGUCGGAAGACCAAGAGAAGGCGACGUUGGCCGCAGGCGAAGCUGCGUUUGACGCUCUUGUGUCUCUCGUUUCUGAGGGAAUCCUCAAGCCCGCGGCGUAA